AUGAUCAAGCAACCGCCCUCUGGCGAUGAGGAGCAAUUCUCGCAACAAUUUUUUGGAAAGUCUUCACAAGCGAUUUUGGAUGAAAUUUAUAACUUAUCCUAUGUGAAUAUUUGUGAUGCAUAUGAUCAUUUUGAAGAUUGGGCCAUUCAAUUAAUCGGAAAGGAUCCAACUAUUAACAAGGAAGAUUUAAAAGAACUGUCUAAAUUAAUUCAUGAGGCAGUUCAAAAGCUUGCAAACAAGAGUAUAGCUAUUCUUGGUCUUCAGGCUGAUCUUUUGGACGAUGCUGCUUUGAGGCAGUGUUUCAACUUGCCACAAAUACCACCCGAUUGUCGUGAGAGUUAUUGUAAGCUCGUGACAAGCGAUAUUACAUUACCAACAAGCAAAGAAGAUGCCCUAAUAUUUACAGAUGACAGCUUGACAACUUCCGAUAGUGAAAUACUACAAGUUCUAUCUGAUAUUUACUCUAUUCAAGAAGAAAUGAAUACGUCACAUGAGGAGUUGGUGCAAGGAAUUGCUAAGGGUCUCACCUUACAGAAUGAACGACAGGAAAUUAUCAAAACUUUAAAUUAUUAUGCUUUACACAACAAGAAACUGGAAUCUGUACAACAACAACUCUCGCACCUCGCUAUGGGCUUGGAACAAACUGUAAAUUCUCUCAUCAAACAUGCACAACAUCUUCAUCAACAAUAUAACAACACGAAGAAAGCAUUUGAGGAGCAAUUUGGGGCUCAAGAUCAAGAAAGUAUCUUUUCACAAGGAGGAGGGGUAUUCGAUGAUCAAUCAUCAACGUUUACUGAGAGCAACAAAUCCUCACAAUCGGAAAUUUCCAAAAAACCAUCCAAAAACUAA